UCUGUUUCCGGGGCGCCGCCGAGCCCCGCCCCGGUCCACGCGGUGCGAGCGGCGCCGCCUUCCAGCUCCGCGGGCGGCGGACAAUGGACGAGCUGCCGGCCGACGUGUGCGCUUUUCUGCGCGAACAUCCGAGUCUGCGGCUGGAGCCCGGCGCCCACAAGGUGAAAUGCGUCCUCACCGGCCACGAGCUGCCCUGCCGUCUGCCCGAACUCCAGCUCUACACCCGUGGCAAGAAGUACCGGCGGCUGGUCCGCGCCUCCCCGGCCUUCGACUACGCGGAGUUCGAGCCGCACAUCGUGCCCAGCACCAAGAACCCGCACCAGCUGUUCUGCAGACUCACCCUGCGGCACAUCAACAAGUCCCCAGAGCACGUGCUGAGGCACACGCAGGGCCGGCGGUACCAGAGAGCUCUGCGUGAAUAUGAAAAGUGUCAGAAGCAGGGUGUGGAGUACGUGCCUGCCUGCCUCCUGCACAAGAGGAGAAGGAGAGAAGUCCAGAUGGACGGCGCCGGGCCGCCUCGCCCGAGAGAGGCCUUCUGGGAACCUGCGUCUAGUGACGACAGCGCAACUGCGAGUGACAGUGACGACAGCAUGACAGACCUGUACCCACCCGCGUUGUUCUCCAGGAAGGGCCUGGGCGGAACCGAGCCUGGGGACAGCACCAAUGACUUUCUGACAGAAGAGGAGGUCGAGAAGCCAGGGCGCACGGCAGAGAAGGGCCCCGGGGACGGAGAAGAGCUGGAAGCGGCCCGGGCGCCGGUGCGCAAGCGUGGGAAGAAGCAGUUGAACUCAUCGAAGAAGUUCAAAAGCCAUCAUCGUAAAGCUAAGAGCUUCAGCUCUUUUAAACAGUCCGGUUAAUAAACGGCUUCGAGGAGAGCACCUGUUGAAAGCCUUUCGAGAAUCCUUCCGACACUUGACCCUGUGCUCCUCGUCAAGCCACCUGCGGUGUGUCCUCCCAGCUGCUGGGCUGUCCCAGGGCCUGCUCUCUCCACCCGCGUUUGCUGCCUCCGAAGGUGGGGUUCGGUCCCACAGGCGUUAGGGGCACGCUCCCCAUCCCCAAGAAGCAGCAGGGACCCCAAGGGAAGCGUUCUGUCUGGACGUGGCUUCUCAGUGCUCCCCAGCGAAGCCUAGAGUCCGUCGGGCUCACUUGGCAUCCAGGGAGAGGCCUGGCCAGGCCCCACCCCGGCUGGACAGCACCAGAGGACCACACUGCAUACAACAAAUGCCAUUGUUUAUUUUGAUGUUUCCAAAAAUCAAAACGUUUUCAAACACAACUAAGAUAUAAAAUACAGCAUAAAAUGAGAUUUAUACCUAUUUUCCACAUAAAGCAAAAAAAAUUUUCAGAAAUUGUUUUGCCAAA